AUGUCGGAUUCCCCCCAAUCCCCUCCAAAGGACGUCGAGCCAGGUGUACAGUCACCCGACGAUGAAGCACAAAUGAACGACCCUCAGGACCCACACGCCUCUGGCCUCGCCUAUGAAUUCGAGGUAAAAGAGCAGGACCGGUGGUUGCCCAUAGCCAAUGUCCGCUUCUGGGUCCUGCGCCGCAAGCUUCGAUCGGUCGAGAGAGACAGCGAGAGAGAGCGAGAGCCAGAGCCGGAGCCAGAGCGAGAGAGAGAGGGCAUCGGCUCGGCGGAGCUGCUGCUGCUGCUGCUGCUGCUGCUGCUGCUGCUGCUGCUGCUGCUGAGCGCGCCGCGCGCGCCCAUGUCCCACGAUUCGUCGUCCCGGUCGCCGGGAGCGCCUCGCGCCUCCAAGGCUGACAAGUUUGAUCUCUAUGAUGCUAACAUACGGAACUUUGCUCCAGUUGCCCGGAUCAUGAAGACGGCCUUGCCCGAGAAUGCGAAGAUCGCAAAGGAGGCCAAGGAGUGCAUGCAGGAAUGCGUGAGCGAGUUCAUCUCCUUUAUCACGAGCGAAGCGUCGGAGAAAUGCCACCAAGAGAAGAGGAAGACUGUUAAUGGCGAGGACAUCCUGUUCGCGAUGACGUCCCUGGGGUUCGAGAACUACGCCGAAGCCCUCAAGAUCUACUUGUCCAAGUACCGAGAACAGUCCCAGUCGAACCGGGGUGAAAACCAGCAGAACCGACCCAAUAGCCAGGGGUACGGAGCUGGCGCGCCUGGCGGAUCGGGUGCCGUGGGAACCUCGGGCUUCCAAGCAGGCGACGGGGCCGGCGGCAUCAGCGAACCAGGUGAAGGUUACAUUUACUCUCAGCCCAGCCACAACGGCGCCGCCGGCGAGACCUACUGA